UGGCGAUCUGAAGUCCACUACUGCAGGAACGAUUGGCUUCGUAUAUUAUCGUGCAGUUGACGCAUCAGAGAGAAAGGUUCUGAUGUAUGCCAACAAGGAGCUAGUGUUGAAUGCGGCUUGAAUCUUUCGGGCCUGAGUACCAACAAGAAGCUAACUUUGAAUGCGGCCUAAAUACCAACAAGGAGCUAGUUUGAAUGCGGCUACUGAACCAUGAAUUUAAUAUCUAGUUUGAUGUUUUCAGAAUUGAUUUUGGCGGCUCUUAAAAUCUGUGUUGUUGGAAGUCUUCAAUGUCAUGUAUGCAGCACAGGAAACCCAGGACAAGAGGACUGCGGUGCCCUUCCUCCUGAAAGCACUAAGUACCUAGAAAACUGCACAGCUCCGAGUGACAAGUCCUGCAGGAUUCAAGAGCAGUGGGUGGAUUUUGAAGUCUUAAAACAGAAGCAUGAGAUGCGAACCAUCAGGCAAUGCGCCUCGACACCCUAUGACCCAGAGCGGGCUUGCUACUACAGAACGGGAUUUGGUGGUCGGAUCAGCAUCUGCAACUGUGUCGAGGACGGAUGCAACGGAGCUUCAGUGGGAGAGGCGCCUCUUCUUAUGUCAACAUUUGUCAUCACUUUGAUCAUCCAUUUCUGGCAUCUAAAAAACUUUCCAAAACACAUUUGAAUAAGAGGGAUCUGUAGCAAUUGCUUUCAACUGCAAAAGAAUAUCAAAACAGGAAGUACAACGUUUAUGAAACUGUCAUUCGUGUUUCAAUGAAUUUCAGUAUCUUAACUAAUUUUUCAUUCAUAUUUUUCAAAAAAAAAAAAAAUAAUCUACGAGGAAUUAAUAAACCAGGGAGCAGAAAAUCAAUGAAGAGAUUAAAAAUUACAAAAGAUAAAUUUUUUAGAGUUCACUAUCAAUGAGUAGUGCUUUACGCCAGUGUUUGCCUACAUCGGUAAAAAUUUGAAUUUCACAUUUAAAUAGACCUGUUUGCAAACGUAGAUAUAAAGAUCAAUAAGCAAAAUUAAAUUAAAUUAAAAUAAUAUAUUUACUCGCCUAUUUUCGCCAUCGCUUACCCUCCGCCCAGCUUUUUUUGCCGAUUGUUUAAAAACGUGUUAACUAAUUAGCAUAAUUUCAUUCUAUGUCCUGAAAACAACAAAUAGACUUCUUUACUUAAAAGACCAAUUCUUUGUAUAUUUUAUUGCUGGUAUUCUUUGCACAUGUAUUUGCAGGCCUUUCAUUCAACCCUUCAGAAUUCUAGCCAAGACUAUUAAUUCUGCACUUUUAUGGCGAUAAAAAAGAGAUAGAGCAAGCCCAGAACUUAAAGACAACAGCCCCUAUACUAGAUUCGGUCUACAAGAGUUACAUCCAUGAAUAAAGGACAUAGUCAAUAUAAUAUCGUCAUAAUCUCGUAUAAAAAGUUCUUUGAUCAAUUGGAAAACUGUGAAGUAGUUGCAAACGUCAUUCCAUUGUCGGCGCUCCAGCGGCCAAACGGUAAAGUCGCUGAAGCCAGGUAGUUGGGUCCGGGGCUCAAAUCCUGCGUAUGGUUGGGCUGCACUGGCAUUUUUGUUAUUUUCCAUAUGUACAACAUGGAUACGAAUCAGUUUUUCUUAGAAAAUAUCUCCGCGGAGCCAUCCCUGCCCUUAGGCAAAUAACCCUCGAGUACUUUGCUGUAAUCGACCAAAAAAGUUGCUCAUUCAUUCCUUUACUAAAUUAUUUCUGGAGUGCAGAUUGCACAUUACCUCCAGGGUGGUGGCUGAGUCGCUGGAAACUGUGGUUUUGUCACUAAUAAGACAGAUGGCCUUACGAAGUGCGACCAACUCGGCCUAGAAAUGAGUUUUGAGUUUUCGAUGAGAAAUGAGUUUUCUUUGCCUAAUAAUUUACAAUUCCAUGUAUUUCAUAUAGGGUCUUGUUUUGAUAAUACACAGACCACUACCGGUUCCACAGACUAUUUUUGAUCCAACCGAAUAGAUUCAGAACUCUGCGCAGUUACUGUUCUAAUUAAGAGAAUGAGUCACCAGACUUCAGCAGCAAAGCGAAUGAACGUUUGCCUACAGAUCUUUAACGAUAAUGAGAGUUGCUAGAUUUUAAACUAUGCACCUUAGAGGAGAAAAAAAAAAAAAAAAAAAAAAAAUCUGAUUCAAGAAAUAGUUAGAAAUGUUCAAUAUGGAAAUAAAAAAAAUUGUUAAUUCCUUCUUUUACCCACAGAAAUAAGCCGAUAAAUUUAAUGGGGGGAAAAAUAGAAAAAAUACGCAAAUACGCGAGUGCAUGUUGCUAUAGCUCAGUAACUUGAAAUUUCGAUAAAAGUAACAACGUCAAAAGGGUGGCAAUUAAAUAAUUUGUAUAGCGUAGCUAAGAAGAAAUAUCGCAGACCGCCUGGGGCAGUUAUAUCACUAAAACUCUUAGGCAUAGACACUUUCCUUAUGGAAACAGUAAUUUUAGAUAUCCACCACAAGGAAUCACGAAAUGAGUGUCCUCUGAACAUUGGUACCACUACAGGAAGGACAAAGGAAUGCAGACUUCCGUGUCAACAUAAUGAAACGAUUCAUCACAACUAACAGAUCAGAGCAUUAAUAUAAAAACUACGGAUUCAGAAAAGAGUACAAAAAACAACUGUGUUUCUGAAUGCAUAAAGCAUGUUUCAUUUGUAGCUCUCGGAAUAUCAAAGUUUAGAUACUGAAUUACUUUAGAUAUUGAUAAUGAGAAAGAAAGUAUAUAUACAGUUUUUCCCGCUUAUUUUUUACAGAAGAAAUUGUCCUUUUCCAUAUCCUAAAAAAUACGUAGGAGACACACAUACGCACACACACACACACAACAAAAAGUGAAGAAAUGAAUAUGAUGCAAAAUUUAGACGUUGUAUAAAAACAGAUGUAUAUAUUUAGAUUCACAAUAUGUACUGAUAUAAAAAAAGCUACUUUAAAUUAAUAAAACAGAAAUUUGUGUGCU